AUGGAGUUGGUUAAGAGGCAGUCCUUUAUCGGGCUUCUGCUAGCCACGCUGCUGGCCUUCUCUCUCGUCCCGGGUGUAUUUGCCCGGGCUAGUACGGGAGGCGGGCCUAAGCUCGAGAGCCGUGCAGAUGGCGACAAAUACCUGAUCGGCGUAGGAAAAGCUGACAUUACUGGUCCUGUUGUCGAAAUAGGCUUCGCUGGUUACGCUGACCUGGCUCAGAAGGGCGCCGGGCUGCGACAGCGGCUAUACAGCCGAGCUUUCAUUGUUGGGGAUGUCAAUAAACCAGAAGACCGCUUCGUCUACUUGGUUCUGGAUAUCCAGUCCGGCGACACUGCCAUGCGCAACGGCAUCUUGGAGGCCCUUAAAGCUCUGGGUGGUGACUAUGCGCUGUACGGCGAUCACAACAUUGCUGUGACGGCCACGCACAGCCAUGCUGGUCCUGGAGCCUGGUUCAACUAUCUUCUUCCUCAGAUUACUACAUUUGGCUUUGACAAGCAGAGUUACCAGGCUAUUGUCGAUGGCGCUGUUCUCUCCAUCAAGCGGGCUCAAGAGAGUCUCCAAGAAGGCUAUCUGGAUGUUGCCACGGCAGAAGUAGAGGAUGGCUCUAUCAACCGCUCUAUCUAUGCCUACGAGGCCAAUCCUGCAGAUGAACGUGCCAAGUACAGUGAUAGUGUUGACACCACGCUCACCAUGCUUCGCUUCAAGCGUGCUUCUGAUAGCAAGAGCAUCGGUGUUCUCACAUGGUAUGCUGUCCACGCCACGUCCAUGCUCGGCAACAAUACACAUGCCGCCGGCGACAACAAGGGCCUUGCUGCUUGGUUGUUCGAGAGUGAGCUGGCUGGUUCAGACGGCGUUGCGGAUGGAUUCGUUGCAGGAUUCAGCCAGGCAAAUCACGCAGAUACAUCGCCCAAUACGUUGGGCGCUUGGUGUGAUGAUGGCUCAGGCCAGCAGUGCGAUGUCAAGACAAGCACCUGUUCAGACGGCACUGUCGACGCAUGCCAUGGACGAGGACCCAAGUUUGAGGCUCUCGACCUCGGCAUCUCCAGCUGCUACGAAAUCGCAAGCCGACAGGUGACUGCUGCUAGAAAAGCAUAUAACUCUUUAUCCAGUUCGAAGCCCGUGGUUGGGUCUUCUGUCAAGUCAUUCCAUUUCUUCCACGACAUGCAAUAUUGGGAGUUCACCCGCACGGAUGGGACCAAGGGUCAGACCUGCCCAGCUGCUCUUGGAUAUUCCUUCGCCGCAGGUACAUCUGACUGGCCAGGCAUGUUCGACUUCAAGCAAGGAGACUCUGGUGAUCCGGAUGCCAACCCCCUCUGGGAAGUGGUCAAGGGCCUCCUCAAGACCCCGUCCGCGAAACAAAAAGCGUGCCAUGAACCAAAGCCCAUCCUCCUAGACGUAGGCGAGAUGUCCGACCCUUACGCAUGGACACCAAAUAUCGUAGACAUCCAGGUGCUUCGCGUCGGCCAGUUCCUGAUCAUCACCAGCCCCAGCGAGGUUGCCACCAUGGCAGGCCGACGGUGGAGAGAGGCCGUCGCCUCCGAAGCGUCAACCUUCCUGGACGAGGAGCCAGUAGUGGUCCUGAGCAGCCCUGCAAAUACAUAUGCCCACUACCUCACCACGCCCGAGGAAUAUGACAUCCAGCGGUACGAGGGCGCCUCGACUCUCUACGGCAGGGACUCGCUCAGCGCAUACAUCAACCUCACCGUCAGCAACCUAAACUACCUGUCCCCAGAUGCGACCGGGCAGCCAGCCCAAGGCCCACUCCCCCCGGACAACAGGGACAAUUCCCUGUCAUUUAUCACGGGCGUCGUGAGAGACGGCGUCCCGCUAGGCAAGUCCUUUGGCGCCGUCGUCACCCAGCCGUCCGCCACAUAUGCGGUCGGUGACGUGGUGAAGGCCACCUUCCAGGGCGCCAACCCCCGCAACAACCUCCGCCUCGAGCAGACAUACCUGGCCGUCGAGAGGCAGGACGGCAGCACCUGGACCAGGGUCCGCGACGACGCCGACUGGUUCCUCGUAUAUACGUGGCGCCGGACGGACUGGUUCCUCGGGUACAGCGAGGUGGAUGCCACCUGGGAGACGGCCGGCAACGCCGAGCCAGGCACGUACAGGUUCAAGUACUAUGGGGAUUCCAAGAACCUGCUGGGCACCAUCUCCUCGUUUGAAGGUACAAGUCAGAGCUUCGUGCUGAACUAA